AUGAGAGACCGAGACAUCCUUCUGGGGAGGGUAUACUGCUUUAAGAAACCGGUAGACUGGAAGCAAGGCGAGAAAAUAAAGAAUGGCCUACUCCACCGGCUACCCAAGAUAGUUCGCAUGCAUCGGGUCGUGGUUGUCGGUACGGUGAUGCUAGAUUGGGUGAAAGUUGCAACGAUCACGAAGACAAUUGACAAGAAUUUCGAUCACAAUCUAUACAUCCCAAUCCACCCAAUGCGAAAGAAUAAUGCAACGAACAUGCAGCUUCAAUUGGCUCGUGAUUCGUUUGGGAAUAACGGUUUGACAUACCCGUCGUACUUAAAAAUACACGAGCUUCACACCGUGCCUCGUGGUAUUCUCAAGGAGGAACCUUGGCGUCUCAAGAAGUCAUCAGUGGGGAGUUUAAGAAGCUUUAUAAAUCGAAUGGGUCUCGAUGCCGGUGCCGCCUCGACGUUGGGAGUUGGAGUUUUGUCUGAUGAGCUGAAGGACCUCAUCCCCUUGGAUUUAUUAUUGAGAAGUUUCGAGUAUCUGCGAAGCUAG